GGAGAAGUAAAACAACAGAUUAGUUUUUGACGUGAUGUGUCAGUUUUUAUUCAGUAAUUUUUGGUAACAUUUGUGAAAAUACAUAGUGAUAUUUAGCAGAAUAUUAUAUCUCGAUAUACUAUGCAAAAUAAAUAUAUUUAUUCAGAGCAUAUAAAAUGAAGCAUUCUACUUCACCCACACCAUCACUGGCUGGGUCCAGUUAUGCGCCAUCCUAUGCAACAUCUCGCGGUCAAUCGCCACUACCGCCGCCUGCAAAUCAUACAAGAAAUUGUCUAUCAGCAACAAGCAAAAGUUACAAAUACCUACGGCGAUUACUCAAGUUUAACCAAAUGGACUUCGAGUUUGCUGUUUGGCAAAUGAUAUAUUUGUUUAUAUCACCACAAAAAGUUUACAGAAAUUUUAACUACAGAAAACAGACUAAAUCACAAUUCGCCAGAGAUGAUCCUGCUUUUUUAGUUUUACUUGUAAUUUGCCUUUGUGUGACCUCUGUGGUACUCGCAUGGACAAUGGGACUAAACUUUUUGCAGAGUAUUUCAUUCAUUUUAUAUGUUGUGUUUGUGGAUUGCAUCUUUGCAGGGAUCAUUGUAGCUUCGUUCCUCUGGAUAGUGACGAAUCGUUACUUGCGCAGCAGUAGUUUGGAACCUGAUAUCGAGUGGGGCUAUGCUUUUGAUGUUCAUUUAAAUGCAUUCUUUCCACCAUUAAUACUACUACACUUUGUUCAGCUGUUCUUCUAUGAUUGGGUUAUAAGCCAGCCAUGGUUUUUUUCGCGUUUACUUGGAAACACAUUUUGGCUUUGCGCGCUGAGUUAUUAUAUAUACAUAACAUUUUUAGGCUACAACUGUAUACCACAUUUAAAAAAUACGCGCCUGAUUCUAAUACCUUUACCGAUAAUAUUUCUUUUCUAUCUGGUGACUGUGAUCAUUGGCUGGAAUGUGACGAUUUCAUUUAUUAAUUUUUACAAAUAUCGUGUUUACUAAAAAUUUAAAGCAAUAAGUUAUAUAUGCUUUAUUAAUAGAAUUGUUUAUUUAUAUACUUAUAAGAAAGUUUACUACAUAUUUAUGUAGAUAUAGAAAGAUGUGUAAUAUUGAUAUUUCUCAGAAUAUAAACUGAAUCAGUUUUUAUUUACAGAACUGUAUUCUAACUUUCGUA